AUGCAGAACGGCGGUGCCAGCUCAGAUCAAAAUGGCUCAAUCAGCUCUGUGCCUCGGGACACGAGCCGGCCUCUCACAGAAGAAGAGCUCGAUAGAUACUCCCGUCAGAUGAUUGUACCUGGAAUGGGAAAAGAAGCUCAACUUCGUCUUAUCAACGCCAAAGUCCUCAUCAUCGGCGCCGGCGGCCUCGGCUGCCCCGCCGCGCAAUACAUUGCCGGCGCCGGCAUCGGCACCAUCGGCAUCGUUGACGGCGACACCGUCGAGCGUUCCAAUCUGCACCGACAAGUCGGCCACUCCACCUCUCGCAUCGGGCAGUCCAAAGCCUCGUCCCUCAUCACCCACCUUCGCGGCCUCAACCCACUCCCCACCUACGUCGCUCACAUCACUCACAUCACCCCACUCAACGCCGCCGAUCUGAUCUCACAAUACGACCUCAUCCUCGACUGCACCGACAACCCCGCCACCCGCUACCUGAUCUCCGACGUCUGCGUGCUCCUCUGCAAACCGCUCGUCUCCGCCGCCUCCGUGCAAACCUCGGGGCAAAUCAUUGUCCUCAACUGCCCGCCUACUCCGCAGGGUCAACUCGAUGGUGGCCCCUACCCGCCUUGCUACCGGUGCUGCUUCAAGAAACCGCCACCGGCCAACGCCCAGCUCUCGUGCGGCGAAGCAGGCAUCUUGGGUCCCGUGGUAGGACUGAUGGGCGUGGCGCAGGCGGGGGAGGCCAUCAAGAUUCUGGCUUCUGCGCUUCACAUUCCUACUACUACUACCUCUCCGCCAGCUCAAGGGGUGCCGCGGGCGCCCGUGCCCGUGCCCGUGGUGGAACCUACGUUGCUGCUGUACUCGUACUCGCUGACUUCUUUCCUGUCGCCCUUCACUUUCCGUGCUUUGAAGAUGGCGCCGAGAAAGAAAAACUGCUUCGCUUGUGGCGAGGGAAGCAAGCAAAGGUUGACGCUGGAGGGGGUGAAGAAUGGAGAGCCGAAUUAUGAUUUUUUCUGUGGGUUGGGUGGUGGCGGGCCGGAAAAGGGGGUGUUGUCAGAGGAGGAGAGGAUCACGCCUAGGGAGUUUGUGGAAAGUGUACAAGGAAAGGACGGCAAUGGGAAAGGAAAGAAGUAUGUGGUGCUGGAUACGAGGGAGAAGGAACAUUUCAGCUUUGGGAGCAUCGAGGGGGCAGUUAAUCUGCCGUUUGGUAAGUUAUUGAGUAAGGCCGCACAGUUGAAGCGGAGUGGGGAGACACCCAAGGUAGGUGAUAUUCUACCGCCGGAAUUAAAGGUCCACGACGGAGAUGGAGACGAGGACAUCCCCAUAUACGUGGUCUGUAGAAGAGGGCUGGACUCGCAGGAGGCGGUGGAAAAGUUGAAGGAGAUGGGACUUGAUAAAGGAGGGAGCAGGAAGAUUGUGGAUAUUGCUGGGGGAAUGAAGGCUUGGAAGGAGCAGGUUGACCCAAGUUUCCCGUAUCUAUAA